AAAUUAUCCGGGUUGAACUUGCAACCAAACAUGGAUAUCGAGGGCAACGACGGUUCAAAAACCUUGCUGGAACCGGGUUCGACGGUAGAAUGGGGAAGGGGUUUGGGUCUCAAAUCCAAGGACAGAACCGUUUCCCGGCGUCACGUGGCAUUUGAACUUGCUCCUGCCAAUGAACCCAACAGGGUUCGUUUCCAAGUUAUCGGAAAGAAUCCCGUUUGGGUGCACAGCGGCGAACGCGGUAAAGUCAGCACCUUUAGGACUUGUGAGCGCGGUGAAAUGGAAAUUGGAGACAUGUUUUGCGUUUCUGCCAAGACUCCCGUUUGGUUCACUGUCAGAAAAGCUGACUCUGUAGCUGACAAUUUUAAGAGAGAGUUGGAUUUUGAGGGUAGGUGUGAAGUGCGAGAUUUCGAUGCAUUAGAGCCCGAGUCUAUUGAUAUUUCACAUAUUGAUCCUGUUAAAGAGUUUGGUGUUCUGGUCAUUGGAGAAGAGUUUGAUGGCUAUCCCAGGAAAAUGAUUAGGGAUUUUAAGAACUGGGAUUGGUUUCUUGAGGAGCCUGGAGAGGAGAGUGAGGAUGAUGGAUUUGACAUAAAUAAGAGGAGGAAAUGUGGGAGAAGGAAGAGGAAGAAAGAUGGACAAAAUGAAGAUGAAGACUGGGCUGGGGAGAGUGAAGAGGAGAAGGAGCUGCUUACAAAGGCAACAAAGGUCCAGAAAGCUAAAUACUUGACAAGAUCCAAGAAUCGUGACAAACGGGCCAAGGAUACUGGAAAAGGUACAACUUCUAAACUGAAGUAUAGAAAACGUGCUGAGGAGGAAGAUAUUGAUGAGGAAGAAGAUGAUGAGACGCUAGGUGGUUUUAUUGUGGAUAAUGAUCAGUUGGAGGAGGCAGGGGAAGAAAUUGACGAAGAAGAAGAAGAGGAGGAAUUUGAGGAAGACGAAGAUGAAGAAGAAGUAGAAGAUUGAUGGCCCUUCGAAAGUGUAAAGGUUGCUUGGGUGGUCUCUGCCUGUAAAUUCUUUUGGUGCUAACUGGUUCAUUCAUAGAUUUCGUGGGAUGUUUAGUGUUUCCUCUACAAUCAACUAAUGUGCUUUCUGAUUCACAGUUGUAUUUGCCUCGUUUCACACUCACCUUAAUCUCUCCAUAGAUCGACUCAA